CAUUCACGUUUAUUCAGGGGCACUUCGCAAAGUUUCCCUCAUGGCGCUCAUUAUGGAACCUGUGAGCAAGUGGACCCCGAGCCAAGUGGUGGACUGGAUGAAAGGUCUUGAUGACUGCCUACAGCAGUAUAUCAAGAAUUUUGAGAGAGAGAAGAUUGGUGGGGACCAACUGCUACGUAUUACUCACCAGGAACUGGAAGAUCUGGGAGUUACUCGAAUUGGUCAUCAAGAACUUAUUUUGGAAGCAGUUGACCUGCUCUGUGCUUUGAACUAUGGACUAGAAACGGAAAACCUAAAAACGCUUUCUCACAAGCUAAAUGCAUCUGCCAAAAAUCUUCAGAACUUUAUCACAGGAAGGAGGAGGAGCGGUCAUUAUGAUGGUAGGACCAGCAGAAAAUUACCAAAUGACUUCCUUACCUCAGUGGUGGAUCUGAUUGGAGCUGCAAAAAGCCUCUUGGCUUGGCUGGACAGAUCACCCUUCGCUGCUGUGACAGAUUAUUCUGUUACACGAAAUAAUAUUAUACAGCUCUGUCUUGAAUUAACAACGAUUGUACAGCAGGACUGUACAGUAUAUGAAACAGAAAACAAAAUACUUCAUGUGUGCAAGACUCUCUCUAGUGUCUGUGACCACAUAAUCUCACUCUCAUCUGAUCCUCUCGUUUCUCAGUCUGCUCAUCUGGAAGUGAUCCAGCUAGCAAACAUCAAACCAAGUGAAGGGCUGGGUAUGUACAUUAAAUCAACAUAUGAUGGUCUCCAUGUAAUUACUGGAACAACAGAAAAUUCACCUGCAGAUCGGUGUAAGAAAAUCCAUGCUGGAGAUGAAGUGAUUCAAGUUAACCACCAAACUGUGGUGGGGUGGCAGUUGAAAAAUUUGGUGAAUGCACUACGAGAGGAUCCGAGUGGUGUUAUCUUAACUUUGAAAAAGCGACCUCAGAGCAUGCUUACCUCAGCACCAGCUUUACUGAAAAAUAUGAGAUGGAAGCCCCUUGCUCUGCAGCCUCUUGUACCUAGAAGUCCUACAAGCAGCGUGGCAACUCCAUCUAGUACUAUCAGCACACCCACCAAAAGAGACAGUUCAGCCCUUCAGGACCUCUUCAUUCCUCCUCCUCCAGCAGAACCAUAUGUACCCAGGGAUGAGAAGGGGAAUCUUCCAUGUGAUGAUAUCGGAAGACACUUAGUAGGAAAGCCAGUUCAUAAGGGAUCUGAAUCUCCAAAUUCAUUUCUUGACCAAGAAUACCGGAAGCGUUUUAAUGUGGUAGAAGAAGAUGCUGUUUUGUACUGUUAUGAAUACGAGAAAGGAAGAACAAGUAGCUCUGGGAGGAGAGAGAGCACUCCAACUUAUGGCAAGCUAAGACCUAUAUCUAUGCCAGUAGACUAUAAUUGGGUAGGAGACUAUGAAGAGCCCAGCAAGACAAAAAGAGAUAGCAGAAGAGAAAAUUCACUACUUCGAUAUAUGAGCAAUGAGAAAAUAGCUCAGGAAGAUUACAUGUUUCAGAGAAAUAGCAAAAAGGACACGGGCAAAAAAUCCAAAAAGAAGGGAGACAAAAGCAACAGUCCAAGUCACUACUCCCUGCUACCCAGUUUACAAAUGGACUCAUUAAGGCAAGACAGCAUGACCACCCCUGGUCCUGAAACAUCCUUGUAUCAUACAUUUCAGCAAUCCUCUCUACAGCACAAAUCUAAAAAGAAGAACAAAGCCACUGCACAAAGUAAGAGUAAAAGGCGUAUCUCUUGUAAAGAUCUUGGUCGUGGAGAUUGUGAGGGCUGGCUUUGGAAAAAGAAGGAUGCCAAGAGUUAUUUCUCACAAAAAUGGAAAAAAUACUGGUUUGUUCUGAAGGAUACUUCUCUGUACUGGUAUAUCAAUGAAGAGGAUGAAAAAGCAGAGGGAUUCAUCAGCCUACCAGAAUUUAAAAUUGAUAGAGCCAGUGAAUGUCGCAAGAAAUAUGCAUUCAAGGCCUGUCAUCCUAAGAUAAAAAGCUUUUAUUUUGCUGCUGAACAUCUAGAUGAUAUGAACAGAUGGCUAAACAGAAUUAAUAUGCUAGCUGCUGGGUAUGCAGAAAGAGAAAGGAUCAAACAAGAACAAGAUUACUGGAGUGAGAGUGAUAAAGAAGAAGUCGACACACCAUCUACACCCAAACAAGAUAGCCCGCCUCCACCAUAUGACACAUAUCCACGGCCUCCUUCGAUGAGCUGCGCAAGUCCUUUCGUAGAACCAAAGCAUAGCCGGUUGUCAUCCACUGAAACUUCCCAGUCACAGUCAUCACAUGAGGAGUUCCGACAGGAAACAGUGGGGAGUACUACUGAAUCUCCUAUCCGCAAAACAGCCAGUCAGAGACGUUCUUGGCAGGAUUUAAUAGAAACACCACUGACAAGCUCAGGGCUGCACUACCUUCAGACUCUACCCCUUGAAGACUCAGUUUUCUCUGACAUGACUGUUGUUUCUCCAGAACACAGGAGACAAUCAACACUUCCAACUCAAAAGUGCCAUUUACAGGAUCACUAUGGCCCUUUUCCUUUAGUAGAGGGUGACAGAAUGCAAGUGCUAAAUGGGAAUGGGGGGAAACCUCGCAGUUAUACUUUGCCUCGGGAUAGUGGGUUCAACCAUUGCUGCCAGACACUUUCAGUCAGUGCCUCCAGUCAUCAAGAAGAGGUGUCACAGAAAGAGCAAGAGCAAGAAGAAGGAGGCAGGGAAAUAGAAUCAGAAAACCAAGAAGAUGAAAUAAAUGAAAAGUCUGAAACAAUAGAAGAAAAACCUGCAGAUUCCCUGCAAGAUUUGUACCGAUCCUUGGAACUAGCUAGUUUGUCCCCUUUAGGAGACCGGCACAUUUCUACCAAGAUGGAGUAUAAGAAGUCAUUUAUUAAAAGAUGCAGUGAUCCAGUAGUCAAUGAAAAAUUGCACCAGCUGCGUAUUCUGAAAAGCACUUUAAAGGCCAGAGAAGAAGAAGUAGCCAUCAUAGAUAAAGUCCUGGAUAAUCCAGCCUUGACAUCUAAAGACUUUCAAGACUGGAAACAAAUGUACUUUGACCUCUUUCUGGACAUUUCUCAGAACAAUCCCACAGAGGAUCCUGUAAACGACUCUGAUGAAAUUGAUGCUCUUCUAGACUCUUUAGCACAUACUCAUUCCUACAUUGAAACGCAUGUAUAAAAAAAAACUUUCCUUAUUGUUUUUGCCCUUUGCAGCACUCCAGAGUUUUGCUCAAAUGCACAGAGUAGCUUUUAUAUUAACAUACAGGAGAUCUAUUUUGAUGUUUCUAAUAUGAGUGAAGUACAAUUUCCAUAGUCAUUGUGUGAAUAUAACAUUAUAUACUUUUAAAGCUGCUGAUGCUCAGUCUAUGUUUAUGUUUACAAAUGUUGGCCACAAUCCAAAGAAGUAAUAUGAGGAAGAAUUGUGUAAUUGUUGUCUGAGAUUGGUGCUGCAGCAGUUUUCACUGCUAAAGAGAAUUAUUUUCUAAGCUCAACAGCUGCGUGCAUGCUUCUUCUUUAGAUUGUGUCCAAUGUCUUUAACAGUUCAAAAAUAUUUUAAUGAGUAUAUUUUUGAUGAUUACACUGAUUUAUCAAGGGGAAAGCUGGCAUAAGAGCAGUGUUUUACUACUGAAUGGCUAUCAGAUUCCUAUUAAAUAGUAUUAUAAUUGUUGUAAAUUAUUUAGUUACAUUUUCAAAGUGUGGCCUUUGUUUUGGCCAGUGUGGAAAUUAAACUUUUAUAUUUGGUGGAAUACUUUAGGUAUUUUCAUAACUUAUGGAGAAAGUAUAAUGCUGUGGUAAGGGUUGCUUUUUAACUAAUAGUCAGGGAGUAAGAAAAUAAACUGGACUUCUAUCAGCUUAUGUUAAAGUUUAAAGCAUCGUUUUUCUAGUCUCUUAAAAUAUGGUUAACAGGUAAUCUUGAGGACAGAGGAACAAGUUCUUGUUGCUGUUGUUUUGAUGCAGGUUUUUUUAAAAUAUGUGACUGGAGUGUAUUAUUGCCCGUUUGUUGACCAUUUCUUACUGUUCCACAUGGACACAAUUGUACUGUUAACCAAAAGGUCCAUAUAGUACAUUAAAAUCCAUAUUUUACAGGCUUCCAAUAACUCAAGAAAUUGAAGACAUAUUGAAAAUUCUGGUAUAUAGAAGGAGAUCAUCUGUUUUUCAGACUACUAGGGUUUUGUUUUUGCAGGAAAAUUUCCAGUAAUGUUCACAGGUUCGAUAUCAGAAGAUGUAUGGGAUGUAUGCACCCAUACACAGUACAAUCUAUAGAUGUCUUUCAGAGCCCACAUUAAAUAUUUUACAGUGUAUUUAAAUUUUAAAAGUAAGUGGGUGAAUGGAACCAGACUAACCUAGGACCAAUUGUACACCACAUGACUAUAAGCAGCAAAAUUAUAAUCAGGUAACCUUCAACACAGUCUUUUAUUCCUGUACUGAGACUAUUUUCUCAUUUAUUUCUCAGAACCACAACCCAUUAUGUUCCUGUUUUAUCCCUGGUGCAAUCCCAUUUUGUUUUGUUUUUAAAGUACUGGUUUGAAAUUAUUUUGAAAUUUCUUGCACAAAUGGAAACUGGCACAAUUCUUUCAUGUGAAAACUGACAGACAUCGCCUCACUUGGUUUGGUGGAGUGGCUUGUGAUGUACUUGAUAAUGGAGUAUUACCAUGGCUGUGUCCAUUUCCUAUUUUUCCUUGUUAUUUAUUUGUAGCUGUCAUACAACAAUUUCAAGACAAAAAUGAUUUUAAAUUAAGAAGUGGUUUGACAGUUUCUGAUUCGUGCCUUGAAACUGUAGUGGGGCUGUAGAAAUGAAGAGGGAAAAGCUUAUCUAAGUCAUUUUUAAAAAAUGUAGUAUGAACAUUUUCAUUCAAAUGUUGGUAUGCAAAUAUUCUUUCUGUUGAAAAAAAAAGAGAGAAAUAGAUAACCCUGCCGUUGUUUCAAGGGCAAAAUAAGAAAAUGAAAAUGACAAACCUCUUGUCAAUUUCAGAGCCUAUUGCCUUCAGUUCUUAGGGCAAAACAGGUAGGCAAUACCUUUCCCCCUUCCAUCCCUAGAGCAGCAAUAAUGGAAGCAGUGGGCACUCUGUUUAAACCAGCAAGGAUAACGUUCCUCAGCAUAGGUACUACCCUGCAUGGACGAUACAUUUCUUUGCUAUUCUCACUAGCACUAUAUCAUGAUCAGGAAGUUUGGAUUGUCCAGAAGCACUCCAGGAGAUAAAGUCCACUUUGGAUACUAGCAAUGGAGUGUUGGCUGCAUUAAUGGACAUAAGUUCUGAGAGAUCCUAUUUAAAGGCCAAAUUUUCAAUAAAAGCAAAUGCUACAGAAGAUGGAUGAUACAUUUGUAAUGAAACCCACGUGUGCCUGGAAAGGGAUUAAGAGGUAAAUGGUAAAUUGUGUAUUUUUGCCCUUUAUCUGUGUCUUCAUUUUUGCCAUGAGUGAGCAUGACAGUGUGACUUCUUUAGGCUUUUGUGCACAAUUAAGGAAUGGAGAUACAGAUUGUUAAACACUAGUCACCCAAGAAAAGGAUAUAAAGCUUUUAUAGCUCUUUUUAAGAAGCUGAACUUUUAACUAUAACAUGUAUAACUCAGUGAAUGUACUAUUAAACUCUUCACUGCACUAAUAUUUUCUGUUCUUGAGACAAAGGGAAAGGAACAAUGAAUUGUUUAUUUCUUUUCAACUGCAUUUUUGAUGGCGAGUGUCUUGCAAACUUUGCACAACUGUACAGGAGAGUGGCCUUUGUACAGCUCAUUUUAAGUAAAUCUGUACUCAUUUAAGCCCAAAUGAUAAAUCGCACAUUAAGAUUUGUACGGAAUUCCAGAUACAGUGGAAUAUUUAUAUCAUCUAAAAGCAUUUGUUUGUAUAAACAAUUUACCAACUGCAUGACUUGUUUAUUAUAAUUUGUGAUAUUUUGUAUAAUUCUCAUAUAAAAAUGCUUGAUCUGAAAUUAAUUAUGAUGCUUGCUCCAAAUGUUUACUUUAGAUUCUUGCAAGGUUUUCUUUUCUUAAAUGAAAAAUCUCUAACAUCUUUGAGCAUAUAAUGAUAAUCAGGUAGGAAAUUUCAAGGCACAACUAUAGCCUGAUUGUUGAAAUUAAGCUAUACAAGUGUAAGAGGAGAGCCCAUAUGUUACAUGAAUCCCCUCCUGUUGUAUACCCCAUUUCUUCACAGGACUUUUAAAUCCCUAUUAAUGCUGUUCCAUAAUCACCAUGCAGAUCAGCAAGUCAUCUGGCAUACUCAAUAAAUUCCAAAUUCCUGUAUAUAGAGAGAGGGGGAGAUGGAGGGGAAAGGAAAUACACUUAUUCCAAUGCUCACUGUCAUUUUACUACUUCUCUUACAACGAAAACCGAUCCAGGUGGGAAAAAUGCUUGAAAAUUGCCUGCAUGUACUAAUUCAUGCCAUUUAUUCCUGUGUGUAUUUUGCUAUAUGUAUAUUGGGAAACUGAUUCAUCAUUUUUCAUUCCCUGCUCCUCCACUUAAAGCCAGCUGGGUGACCUUGGGCUAGUCAUGGCUCUCUGGAGCUCUCUCAGCUCCACCCACCUCACAGGGUGUUUGUUUUGGGGAUAAUAAUGACAUACUUUGUAAACCGCUCUGAGUGGGCAUUAAGUUGUCCUAAAGGGCGAUAUAUAAAUCAAUUAUUAUUAUUAUUAUUAUUAUUAUUAUUAUUAUUAUUA